AUGGUGAAAUCUUACUUCAAAUUCGAGCACUCGAGCACAUUUGGACUCGUCGCCUCGGCGUCGUCCAAUGCGAUCUGGGCCAAGGAUGAGCAGCUCCCAGGCGCCGCCCGCCAGACAGGCGCUGGUCGAGCGGUCGUAGGUGCCAGUGAAGAGGUUCUUUGCUGGGAUGUGAAGAAGGGUGAACUAUUGGGCCGGUGGCGCGAUUCGGCGUGCAAGGCAUCUGUGACCGUAGUCACUCAAAGCAAGACGGAUGAAGAUAUCUUCGCAGUCGGCUACGAGGAUGGCAGCAUUCGCAUCUGGGAUUCGCGCACCCGCACUGUCAUUAUCUCUUUCAAUGGCCACAAAUCUGCCGUGACCCACAUGGCCUUCGACAACGCUGGUGUACGCCUCGCCAGUGGCUCCAAGGACACCGACAUCAUCGUCUGGGACUUGAUUACCGAAACCGGUUUAUUCAGACUUCGCGGACACACCGACCAGAUCACCUCCCUCCACUUCCUUUUCCCUUCUUCCGAGCUACUUAAUGCCUCCGGGCUCAGUGAACACCCGGGCUUCUUGUUGACAACCGGCAAGGAUGCACUCGUCAAGAUCUGGGAUCUGGGAUCACAGCACUGCAUCGAGACUCAUGUUGCGCAGACAAAUGGCGAAUGUUGGAGCUUGGGCCUUUCACCGGACCAAGGUGGAUGCAUCACCGCAGGAAACGACGGAGAGCUGAAGGUGUGGUCAAUCGACGAAACUGCUAUGAUUGAGAUCUCGAAAGAGAAGGUUAGCGCCGAAGGCCGCAGAAUUAUGACCGACCGAGGAACCUUCUACCGAAAUGGCAAGGACCGCACAAUCGGCAUUCGAUUCCAUCCCCGUUUGGAUUAUGUUGGUUUCCACGGCUCAGACAGAUCGGUCGAAAUUUGGCGCAUUCGUUCCGCGACAGAAGUGCAAAAGAGUAUGGCCCGCAAGCUCAAGCGGAGAAAGGAGAAGAAGGCCCAGCGUGAGGGUGAAGAGAAGACUGAAGAGAAGCCUGAAGAAAAGACCGAAGUUGAACAGGAGAAGCUUGAAGAUGUCUCUUCUGCUCCCAUCACAGAAGUCUUUGUUUCCCAUGUCAUCGUUCGCACGGGUGGAAAGAUCCGUUCAUUCGACUGGAUGACCAAUAAAUCCAAGAGCCUCAACAUCCUUGCAGCAACUUCUAAUAACCAGCUGGAAGCUUACAGCAUUGUCACAGCAAACCAAAAGAACAAGGACGAAGAAGAAUCUGACUACACCCGAAGCCUCGCCGUGGAUAUUCCUGGUCACCGAACAGAUAUUCGUUCCAUUGCUCUGAGCUCUGAGGACCGUAUGCUAGCCUCUGCAUCUAACGGCAGCCUCAAAAUCUGGAACGUACGCACAGGAACUUGUCUUCGUACCCUGGAGUGCGGAUAUGCGCUCUGUUCUGCAUUCCUUCCAGGUGACAAGAUCGUGGUGGUUGGAAACAAGAAUGGAGAGUUGGAGGUCUUUGACAUUGCUUCCUCAACAUUGCUGGACACCAUCAAGGCCCACGACGGCCCUGUCUGGUCGAUGCAUGUGCACCCGGAUGGCAAGUCCGUGGUCAGUGGAAGUGCUGAUAAGCAAGCUAAGUUCUGGGAGUUCAAGGUUGUACAGGAGGAGAUUCCAGGUACCAAGCGCACUACUGCGCGCCUCAAGUUAGUGCACACCAGAACCCUGAAGGUAAACGAAGACAUCCUCAGCCUUCGUUUCUCCCCGGAUGCCCGACUUCUCGCUGUUUCCAUGCUGGACAACACUGUCAAGGUCUUCUUUGUUGACUCCCUUAAACUUUUCUUGAACCUGUAUGGGCACAAGCUUCCUGUUCUGUCCAUGGACAUUUCCUUUGACAGCAAGUUGAUUGUCACUUGCUCAGCCGAUAAGACUGUUCGUCUGUGGGGUCUGGACUUCGGUGAUUGCCACAAGUCUUUGCACGCUCACGAUGACAGCGUCAUGGCAGUUGCAUUCGUUCCUAGCAAUAAGCAACAAAAUGGCCACAACUUCUUUAGUGCGAGCAAAGACAAAGUUAUCAAAUACUGGGAUGGUGACAAGUUUGAGCAAAUCCAGCGACUGGUCGGUCACCACGGAGAGAUCUGGGCAUUGGCUAUCAGCCGUGAUGGUGAUACCAUUGUCACUGCCAGUCACGAUAAGAGUAUUCGCAUCUGGAAAGAGACCGACGAGCCAUUGUUUUUGGAGGAAGAGCGCGAGAGAGAGAUGGAAGAAGCCUACGACAACACUCUUACCGCCUCACUUGAGCAAGACGAGGAGGGCGAGGAUGGUGAGAAAGCCGAGGCAGUUGACGCCAGCAAGCAAACCACAGGUACCCUCAUGGCUGGUGAAAAGAUCAUGGAAGCUCUUGACCUGGGCAUGGAGGACCUUGAACUUGUCCGCGAAUGGCGCGAGACCAACCCGAACAGUUCACCCCCCAACCGUAACCCCAUUUAUCUCGCCUUCGGCAACAUCUCAGCGGAGCAGCACGUCUUGAAAACCGUCUCCAAGGUCCCCGCCGCAGCCCUGCAAGAUGCCCUCUUGGUUCUUCCCUUCAACAAGCUUCCUGCUCUCUUCACGUUCCUCAACAUCUGGGCUGAGCGCGAGUGGAACGUCCCUCUUACCUGCCGUGUCUUGUUCUUCAUGCUCAAGACCCACCAUCGCCAGAUCGUGGCUAGCAAGAUGAUGCGUCCCAUGUUGGACAGCAUUCGUUCCGCCCUGCGUCGGGUCCUUUCCCGCCAAAAGGACGAGAUGGGCUUCAACCUGUCUGCGCUGCAGUUCAUCGGCAACCAGAUCCGUGAACUGAACACCAACGAUUACAUUGACGAGGAGACCUGGAAGCAGCCUGAGACACAAAAGGGGUCGGGCAAGAAGCGGCAAUUUGUUAGCAUGGCUUGA